AUCUAUUCCAGCGAGGAGUAACUAAGUUCAUAGAGAAAUUCCAAGUAAAAGAUGAUGAGCCUAAAUUGUCGUAUGAGCAUGUGGAGUUGAAUAUCGAUCAAUUUCAUAAAGUGGUUAUGAGUGUAGCAACAAUCAGGAAUCGCCGUAUGUUUAAGACAACGAUCGCAAUCUUGGAACACAGUCAGGAAGAUGAGCCCUCACCGACAGUGUGUAAAAAGGUACUGAGUUUCCUCGAAAAGGAACUAAAGCCAUUUUGUCUGAGUGGCGUACGAGGCAUUGAAUUAACGAGGUACAUUGCUUGCGAAUGUAGUUCAGACUUAAGUAGUGCCCACAUGCAAAUCGUGCGCACAUUUGACGAGGAUGUGCUGUCAUGUGGAAGCAAUAUAUUGCCGCGCUACCGUCGACUAUUUGGAGAUGACGAGCCACGAUUGCAAGAUCGUCCACAGUCUCAGCAAGUAGUACAUAUACCAACAGGCUUUGUGGAUGACGCCACCAUUGUGACAGUUUCUGAUGAUUUGAGUCUCAGCUGGAAAAGGUUUGGUGUCCGUUUGGGACUUAAGUGGUCGAAAGUGAACAAGUUCAUUGCUGAUGAUAUGCAGACUCAAAAGGCUGCCGAAAAUAUGAUAAAUUACUGGAGGAGCAACCUCAGUAGAGAUAUUCAUCAACGUAAAGUGAUGUGCACUGCUCUGAAACAACAUAAGCUCAGACAACUAGCAGAAGAUUUGUUUGAGGGUGAAAUUAACGAAAAUCUCGUCACUCAGCAAGCAGGAAAAUGUUUUAAUGAUCAAGAUUUGCUGUUCAUUUGUGACAAUCUGGAUCCCGAAUCAUGGAGGAGACUGGGAGUGCGUCUUGGACUCAAGUGGACCGAUAUAAAAAAGAUAGCAAAAAACAACAGAUUGGUGGAAGACUGUAUCAUGGAAUUGCUGGUUACUUGGAGGGAUGACCAAUCAAAGAGCCAACAAGUACCAAUCAUGAUGAAUGCUUUGAGGCAACAGAAGCUUAUUGAACUUGCACAAAGUGUGUGUGAAAGGCAUGGCUACAGUGACGAGGCAGAAGUUGCACCAACUCAGAUAAAUCUGUCCCAAAUUCCAACACCCGUGCAAGGUUGCUUAGAUGAUAUUGACAUGGUGUUUGUCUCUGAUAAACUUGAUGGUAAAUAUUUGACAAAAUUCGGCAUCUACCUUGGUAUGGAGAAACAUAAAAUAAAUCAAAUUGAAUCAGACCUCUCACCACCUAUUGCAGACGCCUGUAUUGAAAUGUUGGUACAGUGGCGAAGUACACAGGAAGCUGAUGUAAAUCAUCUCGAAACAAUUAGUGAAGCACUGAACAAAGUUGAACGAAUAGAUAUCAAGGAAGAACUUGAGUCAUACUACCAGAAAAAAUAUGGAAAAUUUCAAGCAAAGGUGUAAAGCAACAUUUUAAACAUGAUAACCGUGCAAUAAAAAAAUGACACCAGAAUAUAAUUUUACACAGUUAUACACCACAUUACCACAUUAGGACACUUUUUAAGAAAUUAUAUUUUGCUCGCCUUUCGAUCAUCCAAACUGCAUUCUUUUGAUGCUGUCAUCCAGGACUGUAAAUAUUGAAUACAAAAUAUACAUGAAAACAUUAAUGUCAAUUUUUUCUUUUGAUAAUAUGUUUAUAAAAACCGAAAGGUCCACUGAUUAAUCUCAGAUAAGAAAGUAUAAUACAUUAA